AUUUACAAACGCAGUAUUUGUGUUUAGUGAUUCCGCAAGAUCAGAGGCAGUAGGGAUGGCAACGCAUAAUAUUGAUAGGUGUUUGAAUUUGCAACUAGCUCUCACAGUCUCAUAUCAGAAUGAGACGUUCAACCACAUUUCAAAGUGGUUAAGGUUUAUAACUUUAUAUCGCUGGAUUUGAACUUGCAACCUUUGGAAUCAGCUGCUUACGACCACCCGCCAUCCCUGUCUACAAGGCCUAGCAAAACUGAAACCCAAUUGAAGGUAACAGAACUCACUGUUGCCUCUAGUGGCUUGUUUCCACGUCAUCUCCCGACUUCCAUAGACAUGGAUGAAUGUCAAAUACUGACUUGUAUAAUGGGGGACCUGCCUGAGCAUUCAAAAUGUAACGGGUAAUUUUUGUGUCAGGGAAAAGGUAUGGGAGUAAAAAGUUUAUAUUUUCUUUAGGAAUGUGGUGAAGUAAAAGUAAACGUUGUCAAAAAAUAUAAAUUUCUCAAAAAACGACCCUAAGUAUUACAUUACUUCGUUAUUUUAUACCACAGCGACCUUGUACCCCAGCACAUUGACUCGGUACCACUACUGUACUGUACAGCCUCAUUAUUGUUAUUUUAUUGUGUUACAUUUUUGGGGGGGUAAUUGUCUUACUUUUUAAAGGUAGAUUCAGCGAUAUGAUGUACACGCAGAAAGUAAACAGUAUACUGGUCCAGUUGACUACCAUGCUGUAACACUGUGGCGGGAACCUGUGCACAUGCGUGCUGCUGGUGGCAACAUCAUUUCGCUGAGUCUACCUUAAUUCUGCAUCGUUGAGAAAAGGCUCAGAAGUAAGCAUUUCAUGGUAAAGUCUACACCUGUUGUAUGUGACAAAUACAUUUGAAGUCAAUUUGAUUUGGUUUCUCUAUAAGAGGGAUAUUAAGGUGUAAUAACACUGUCCGGUGGUUAUUGUGUCUGUCUUCCUCAGGGGGCUCCCUUGCGGGGGGGUUGUAACUGACAAAACAUGCAGAGCAUGUUGGGCGGUGGUGUGAGAAUACGCGCUCUGCACCGGGGCCAUGAUUCAUUCACGAGCCCCCUUCACCAUUUAACACCGGACAGCUCGAGGAGGUGGGACUUCGGUGAGAUCAGGGCUCAAUUGGACGGGAGGCAGAAUAAUUGACAGCUGACAGCCCAGCCCUACAGCAGCCCUCAGAUUAUUUACACUUUCUAAAACUGGGGCCACUGCGGUCCGCAUGCGCUCAGCUCACACACAUCAGAAGGUCUAUUUCACUUGCAGCUAACGUCUCAUAGCUGCGUCCAGUUGGAGAGAGAGAGAGAGAGAGAGAGAGAGAGAGAGAGAGAGAGAGAGAGAGAGAGAGAGAGAGAGAGAGAGGGGGAGAGAGUGUGUGUAUUUGGUCACUAGGACGGUAUGUACGGUGCCCCAAAGUCAGUCCUGAACGGGCCGUAGCUCAAGGAGAGAGAGGAGCGUCCGCUAUUACGGUGGAGGCCCUUGGGGUGAACUUUUCACUUCAUUUCACUUCUGUUUAGAGUGACUUUUUCCUUAUUUCCUUUCCUGCGCCUCUCCCUGGUCGGGCGGUUGGUGGAAUGGCAGAGAAGCGACGCUCCCCGUGCACUCUGAGCGUCAAGGCGCACGCGUUCUCGGUGGAAGCUCUGAUCGGGUCGGAGAAGAGACGGAAGCUCGGGGAGGACGACACUAGGGUGUGCUUUCUCGAGGAGGUCACGGAGGUGUUGGAGCUGCCCAGUAACGGAGGGGAGAGAGAGGAGAGGGCGUGCAACCGCGCCAGCGACCGGGGCAGUGAGAUAGAGUGCGUUAGUGACGGCUCCCUGGAGAGCUGUGACGUGCUGUUGGAAAGCCCCCACCCAGAGGCCCGAGCCCAGCGUGCGCCACCGGUAACAGUAACGGUUCCCGGAGAGGAGAUGCGCGUGGACUUGCAGGGCUCCGACCUGUGGAAACGGUUUCACGAGAUCGGUACAGAGAUGAUAAUCACGAAGGCUGGCAGACGGAUGUUCCCCGCUAUGCGCGUGAAGAUCUCGGGUCUGGACCCCCACCAGCUGUACUACAUUACCAUGGACAUUAUCCCCGUGGACAACAAACGAUACAGGUACGUGUACCACAGCUCCAAGUGGAUGGUCGCGGGAAACGCGGACUCCCCAGUGCCGCCGCGUGUAUACAUCCACCCGGACUCUCCGGCUUCCGGUGAAACGUGGAUGCGUCAGGUGAUCAGCUUCGACAAACUCAAACUGACCAAUAACGAACUGGAUGACCAGGGACAUAUCAUCCUCCACUCCAUGCAUAAGUACCAACCGCGAGUGCAUGUGAUUCAUAAGGAGCGUGGCGAGGAGCUGUCUCAUGUUAGAGCCGUUCCCCAGGGAGACGGAACCAGAACACUCAGCUUCCCAGAGACCACCUUCACCACUGUCACCGCAUACCAGAACCAACAGAUCACCAGGUUGAAGAUUGACAGGAACCCAUUUGCUAAAGGCUUCAGAGACUCAGGCAGAAACCGGAUGGGUCUGGAGGCUCUAGUAGAAUCCUACGCUUUCUGGCGUCCGUCUCUAAGAUCCCUGACAUUUGAAGACAUCUCUGGAAUUAAGCAAGGAGCCCCGGGGCCCCAUGGAGGUGUUGGAUCGCCUCACCUGCUCUCCUCCUCUCCUUGCUCCUCCCCCUUUCAGGUAUGGCCUCUCUCUCCCCCGGACUACACCUGCAGCCGGCCGACACACACACCCCUACAUCGCUACAGUAACCUCCCCGAGCCUUUCCCCUCUCCUACGUCGCGAGGACCGUCAGCCUAUGACAGCGAAGGAUUCUGCUCUAUGUCCCUCCCUCCCUCUCAGAUUGGCUAUCUACAAAACCCUGCCCACCAGGGUUACGGAAGUCUCCGCCUCCACUCCCCCUUAGGUCUCUACGGUUACGCCUUCCCCCCCUCCCCCCGCCUCAUUGCCAGCCCAGACAAGAUGGCGGCUGCUUCUGCCGCUGCAGCCAAUCAGAACCCUUUUCUCGGCUCCUCACCCAGUGGAACCCUGGCGGACAGUCUGGGCAUGCUCAGUGGAGGCCAGCAGGCCAACUUCCUGUUUGACUCUCGGACGCUGGGAAUGGCUGGCAGCCAGUCAGGGGGAGGGGCUUCACAGGUCACUACCCACAUGGGCUGAGAAAUACUCCGACCCUGACCCCCAGGGUUGCUAUCGCAAAUAGCUGCUUUUCCGGGUAGGAAAUGGGUUUGGAACUCUGGAAUAAAUCACCAGCCAAUGAGGAUUGAUGAGACAUCUCACGGACCUAUGAGGAGACAGAGAGAGAUGGAGAGAUGGAGAGAGAGAAACAGAGCGAGACAGCUUUAGUGACGUUUGUGUGAGUGCUAAGAAAGAUAAAGAGAGACCGUCAAACUCCGCUGACUAAUGGGAUAUUGUUGUUGUUGUUGUUUGUAAGUAUGUUAUUAAAGGACUAAAUAAACAGAAGCUUCUGAGAGACUGAAACAGCUGCGUUGGAGGAGAUCUGGGGGUCUGAUACAAGUCUGGAGACCUGAGAGAAUAAACACACCCACCAACAAGCCCCGGAGCUGGAGCUUCAACAUCUGGAAGAAUCGGGAAAUAAACACUACGAACACUUCAGCACCUGUGGUUUCCUAUACAGCGUCUCUGAACAGUUAUAACCUCACACAGCUCCUAGGAACAGAGUUGACACAGUGAGAGGUCUCCUAUACAGCGUCUCUGAACAGUUAUAACCUCACACAGCUCCUAGGAACAGAGUUGACACAGUGAGAGGUCUCCUAUACAGCGUCUCUGAACAGUUAUAACCUCACACAGCUCCUAGGAACAGAGUUGACACAGUGAGAGGUCUCCUAUACAGCGUCUCUGAACAGUUAUAACCUCACACAGCUCCUAGGAACAGAGUUGACACAGUGAGAGGUCUCCUAUACAGUGUCUCUGAACAGUUAUAACCUCACACAGCUCCUAGGAACAGAGUUGACACAGUGAGAGGCCUACUGAGAUAUAUGAAUGCUGUUAUAAAGGACUGUAUUCCCAUGCCAAAGAUACAGUGUCAGUCAAUCUGCAAUGUUUCCCUAUUCCUUAUGUAGUGCACUUCUCCUGGCUGGAAACCUAUAAAGCAGCCCUAUGAAGCUCUGGCCUAAAGUAGUGCACUAUACAGGGAAUAGGACUCUGGCCUAAAGUAGUGCACUAUAUAGGGAAUAGGACUCUGGCCUAAAGUAGUGCACUAUAUAGGGAAUAGGACUUACAUCACAUGUUGUGUGUGUGGCAUGUUUUAAUUAUUUGACAUAGAGGUGUCAUAACUGCUUAUAACCUUUAUACAUAAUGAACUGUGUUAAUGGUGGGUCAUGUGACCUAACGCACUUACUGCCAACACACACACAUGCACGCACACACACACACACACACACACACACACACACACACACACACACACACACACACACACACACACACACACACACACACACACACACACACACACACACACACACACACACAUUUCCUGCCAACCCACAGCGUUCUGCCUGGCCUCUGUCUAUGCCGGACAAGCAGCUUCAUGAGCCAAAAAAAACAAUAAAAAGUAUAAUAUUAUUACACACUAACCAUCAGAGAACCUGUUUCACACAGAUCCUUUUUGUAAUAUAUCAAGCAUCAAAUAUGUGUGAGUGAGAGAGAGAGAAAUAUGUGUGUGUGUGUAUGAAUCUCAGAAACAGAAGUCCAAACCCUUGUAAACAGAACAUUUCAAAGGUUAAAGGUUAAGGUUUGGGAAGGCUUAAAACAAAAAGGCAACAAAUGUAAAACAAGUGUCUAUCUGCUGAACACGCAGAGCCAUAAACCAAGCAUCCUGACCUAUAUACUGAACUAAAAUAUAAACACAACAUGCAACAAUUUAAACAAUGUUAUUCAGUUAAUGUAAGGAAAUCAAUCAAUUGAAAUAAAUAAAUUAGGCCCUAAUCUAUGGAUUUGAAUACUGGGCAAGAGCGCAGCCAUUGGUGUGCCUGGGAGGUCAUAUGAGCCAGGCCCACCCACUGGGAAGCCAGGCUCAGCCAAUCAGAUUUAGUUUUUCCCACAAAAGGGCUUCAUUAAAGAGAGAAAUUCUCCUCAGUUUCAUCAGCUGUCCGGGUGGUUGGUCUCAGAAGAACCCACAGGUGAAGAUGCCUGAUGUGGAGACCCAGGGCUGGUGUGGUUACACGUGGUUUAUGGUUGUGAGGUCAGUUGGAUGUACUGACAAAUUCUCUAAAAGGAUGCU